AUGUAUCAGCCAUCUUCUCCUCAUCCCUCUAGGUCCUCCUCCUCUUCCUCCCCUGGCUGGGCCCUGAUCCACACGGCUACCCUCACUUCCUGCACCCUCCUCCUCAUCCUCAUAUUCUUUUUGGGUUCUUACGGCAACCUGGUGGUGUUCCUCUCCUUCUUCCACCCGGCCUUCCGCAAGUUCCGCACCAACUUCGACUUCAUGAUCCUGAACUUAUCAUUCUGUGAUAUGAUUAUAUGUUGCGUGACUGCGCCGAUGUUCGCAUUGGUGCUUUUCCUGGACUCAGGGGGUGGCGUAUCAAAGACUUUUUGCUUCACCUUCCACCUGACCAGCUCUGCCUUCAUCAUCAUGUCUCUGGAGACGGUAGCUGUGAUUGCCCUCCAUCGGCUCCGUAUGGUCCUGGGCCAGCAGCCCAACCGCAUGGCCUCGCUCCCCUGUACUCUGGCUCUCACCGCCCUCCUCUGGACCUCUAGCUUUACUAUGGCUGCCCUGCUCACCCUGCGAGCCUACCCCAUGAAGGAGGGACCCUGCCUGCCUCACUUCGGCCUAACGGGUGGGCCUGCAAGGGUGGUUCUAUAUGUCUACCUGGCAGACUUUGCCUUCUGCGUGGCGGUGGUGUCUGUCUGCUACCUGAUGAUCGCUCAGACGCUGAGGAAGAACGCACAGGUGAGGAAGUGCCGCGUCAUCACUGUAGACGCCACACGCCCGCCGCUACCACAACCCCCUCCCCCGCUCAUGGCAGCCGGCUUAGAGAGCAUGCAGUGUGCCGUCCAGGUUCCUUCACUCUACCGCAACCAGACCUACAACAAGCUCCAACACAUUCAGACUCACUCCUACACUAACAGACCCACCAGCCAGGGUCUAGUACCCGGGGCUGCCCAGGGAGCUACCUGCUGCCAGCUUGCCUCUACCGUCAACCUGGCCACAGUUAAAGACUCCAAGGCUGUAGUAACCUGUGUGGUGAUUGUAUUCUCCGUCCUUCUCUGUUGUCUCCCCAUGGGCGUCUCCUUAGCCCAGGACGUCCUCUCUCCAGAGAGCAGCUUCGCUCACUACCAGUUCGAACUGUGCGGUUUCGCGCUCAUCUUCCUCAAGUCGUGCAUCAACCCAUUCGUGUACUCUCGCAACAGCGCCGGGCUCCGCCGGCGCGUCCUCUGCUGCCUCCAAUGGGUGGCGCUUGUGUUCCUCUGCUGCAAGCACAAGACACGGCUCCAUGCCAUGGGGAAAGGCAGUCUCGAGGUCAACCGUAACAAGUCCUCGCACCACGAGACCAACUCUGCCUAUGUCCUCUCACCCAAGCCACAAAGGAGACUGGUGGAUCAAGCCUGUGGACCCAGUCACUCCCGGGACUGUGCCCCCAGUCCGAGAGCUACGGGCGGGCAUGGUGGGCGUAAGCCCCGGCCCCCUAGUACCUCCACCCCCAUCAACACCCGUAUCGAGCCCUACUACAGUAUCUACAACAGCAGCCCCUCUGCAGGACCUGGCUCCCCUACCAACAGUCUGCAGCCUGCUGCCAACUCCUCCUCCUCCCAGGCCUUUGGGUUCAACAAGUCCUACGUUGCCAUGCACUAUCACAUCCACCAGGAGGUGCUGCAGGACGUUGAGAGUACCUCAGCCCAUAAGAUACCCAUACCUUCAGUCUGACUAACCACCAUGAUUGAUUGAUUGGAUCCCUUCAGUCUAAACUCAUGAAUAACCUUGGCUUAGACCUGAAGACUUGUGUUGGCUCGCCAAUCUAAUGCCAAUAGGCUUUAGUUCAGUGGGCUAACAUAGUCUUGUGGUUCUGCCGGACUUUGAGAGCACCUCGGUGCAUCAGAUCUCCAUACCUUCAGUUUAACUUACCACAAUGAUUUAUACAUGAAUUGAUUUGUUUAUUGAUCAGAUACUGUACUUUGAGUGUAACCUAGCCACCAUGCUGAAACUGGAGAGGGAUUGGGCAUAUAGUUCAGGGAUGCUAACAGUUACUAUAAUAUUAUAUGACUAUUACCACAAGACACCAGAGAGUAAACGGUACUAAUUGUCUGAAUAUCAUGUGGUAGUGAACUGUUAGAGGUAAAGAAUAACCCCCAUUGACUUGAGAAUAUAAAAUGGAAGAUCUCUUAGUCCAGAGUGAGAGAAACAGUACUGAUCCCAUAUUGUUAUUGAUGUUACUGAAAUAAGUGGAAUCAAUUUUUACACUGACAUGACAUUUUUCAUAUUGUACAAUUUAGAUGGUCUUUCUCGUCAUAAUAAUACUGUAUUUGUGAGUCUCAUACAUGUUCUAUGAUAUCAGUAAAUGUUUUGCAAGUGCAAUGUGUCCAGUGCGCUCCUGGCAAAGAAAAUAUCUAAAUUGAAGAUCCAGAAAGGUAAACACCUCUUAUGGUCAACUAAUCAACCUGCAACUCACUGUCCAAGCUUUUGUCAUGUCACACAGUGAUGUCCAGUACAGUGGUUCUCAACCCCCAGACGUUUCACCAUGUUGUUGAACUAACUCACCUAGUCGACAAGUUCAAUCAGGUGAGCUAGCUGUGGAAUAGUUCAAAUACAUGGAAUGUAUGGGGUUACUGAGAAGUUUGAGAACCCUGAUCUAUUGUGAUCGGACAGAAGUCACUUUUUUUUUUUUUUUUUUAAGAGAAGAGCAUCAGUUGGCCUUUUACUAAAUGUAUAAUGGUUGAGAGCCAUUCAGGUUAUCACAUUGUGGCUAGCUAUCCAAGACAAUGGGGUAUGACUAGAAUUCAUUUUAACCUAAUUUUGUUCAGAUAGUUUUUUGUUUUUUUUCAGUGUAUCCCUCAUUUAAACCACAGAACACACCAGAUUUAGAAAUCCACAGAAAUGACAUCUGAUUCAGUGCAUAACCAAUGUUAAUCAUCAGCGCUCGUCAAAACAUCCGGGGAUUGAAUUCACAGCACAUCAGUUUAUAAGAUACUCUCAAUCACCCUGUAACGUAACAACAACCAGGGUUGGGGUCAAUUCCUUUUCAACCCAGUCAAUUUCAGAAGUAAACUGAAAUUCAAAUCCUCAUUUUCCUUUAGUGCUUUCGAAUGAGGAAAUUGGAAUUUGUUUACUUCCUGAAUUGACAAAUUGAUUUGACCCCAACCCUGACACCAAAGCCCCAGUCUUACUAUGCACAGAUAUUGUUUGUCCACAUAUUUUAAAAUUCAAACGGACUUUGUUGGAAGAUAUUGUAUCUACAAACAAAUAAAUGCGUAUAAUUGUCAAGGACAAGCAUGUAAUCAAACUGAAAUGAAACCCAAAUAAAUACAUUUAAAAUGCUGACGAUAAAACCAACUACGUAUAAAAAACAUGAGCAGAGAAAAUUAUUUUAUG